CUGGGAGCUGUUCCAAGGCUGACAGUCUUCUGUCUGCACACAGUGCGGGAGAUUUCUUAUUCAUUGUAUGAGAGGACUGCGAGAGGUCAGCUGAGGCUUGUCCCCAGAGCUGACAUUCCACAGGGGUUGUGAGUGACUUCUGUUCUCUGCACACAGUGUAAUAUGUCCAAGAUGGCAGGAGACAUGUAUGAAGAGUCGGACCGUGUCUGUUCCUAUGGGAUGAAGUUAACUUGGGAUAUUAAUGACCCCAAACUCCCGCAGGACCUGAAGCAGUUUGACAAUUUCCAGGAAUGGACAGAUGGCUAUGUUCGCUUUAUAUACAGCGGGGAUGACAAGAACGCACAGCGCCAUCUCAGUGGCUGGGCCAUGCGAAAUACCAACAACCACAAUUGCCAGAUCUUAAAAAAGUCCUGUCUGGGUGUGGUGGUGUGCAGUCGCAAUUGUACCUUGCCAGAUGGUGGGAAACUACAGCUCCGUCCCGCAAUUUGUGACAAGGCCCGUCAGAAACAGCAAAAAAAAUUAUGCAGUAACUGUAAUUCUGCUCUGGAGCUGAUUCCUUGUCGAGGUCACAGUGGAUAUCCUGUCACUAACUUCUGGAGGCUUGAUGUAAAAGCCAUAUUUUUCCAGGCCAAGGGUGUUCACGAUCAUCCAAGACCAGAAAGUAAAUCUGAGACGGAAGCAAGAAGAAGCGCAGUGAAAAGACAGCUGUCAUCUCACCUGUCACAGAAAAAGAAAAUUCUGGAGUCUGAGGUUGGGCGAUAUAACGACAGUGGUGGCCAUUUCUCCAAUAUUCAUCCUAUGUCUUGCAUAGAAGGAUCAGACCGGUUUAGUCUUGUAGCAGAUGCAAGUUUCCCUAUAACGGCUCAACAUUAUUCCUCAUUCCAGAGCACAGACCCUUACAAGCCUUCUUACGACCCGGUAAGCUAUCAGGGAGAUUCAAUGUCAUCAUUCCCAAAGUGUUCUAAUACAAGAAUAUAUGUGCCCAGGGCACCUUGUUAUGAUUUCCCUGGCUACAUAAACUCAAAUGCAUACCCACCUCUGUACAAGGAGGCAGUGAACAGUUUACCAGAUGUUGAUCGAAUGCCAUUAAAUGGACCUCACCCAAACCUUGGGGUCUUGGGUUCCCACGAAAGAAGCUAUGAUUCCAAUGGCAAACAUCAUGGAUGGAAACCAAUCUUUGGCAAAGCUGGCUAUGGAGACAGGAGUGAUUAUGGGCAGAUACAAGCAAGCACCGGCCAUUCUUAUUACAAUGCAGAAUAUCCCUGCAGAUAUGGUAGAAGUCCAUCUCCUGUUACUCCAGCUUUGCAAACUGUUAUAACCACCACCACCAAAGUAUCAUACCAAGCCUACAAACCUCCUGUGGUGAAAUACAACGAGAAUGUUUGUGAUGUUAAAACUCUUCCAAACUACACACACAUGCAGGACAGUAUAUCAGAAGGUGUCUACCCGGAAAUAAAGGCUCAAGAUGACUUUGCUGUCAUUAAAACAGCACUAGGCUACCAAGAUCAAAUCCCUGCUAAAUCUGAGAGAGUGGACAACUUGGACUUCUAUCGAUAUAGCCCUUGUGUGGGAAAUAGCUUCUCUGGACAGUCCUACCGAUAUGAAAAUGCUGAUUACUAAUAAACCGAACUAUAAAAUCUGCAUGCUUGUACUUUGAAUAUCAGCAUGAGAAAUCACGUAACGCUUCUUUCAACAAUGUUGAAAUUCAAUGUUAUUCCAUCUAUACCAUACCAUGCUAUUAAUGUGUCUGCUGCUAUCAUAUUCCUUAUUUUGUAAAAAUAAUACUUGUUAAUAUUUAAAGAAAAAAUAUGACAAGAUAAACUUUUGAUGACGUAUAGACAGAGCAUGCAAUGAUUUAUUAACAACUGCAGGACAAAAAUAAAUAUAAUAAAACUUGGUG